ACGAAUCAGGGAAGCCUAGCUUGAUGCUGUCGGAGCCUGACCUAUUGAAGCAGGUUCUCGUCAAGGAUUUUUCAGCACUGCCCAACAGACGGGAGCACAAGUUUGAAGAUCCAUUUCUCACUAACAUAAUGACACUUGCACCUGUCGAACGCUGGAGAAAGAUACGCCAACUUGCUACGCCUGCAUUUUCAACGGCAAAGCUAAGGAAGGUGAGAAUAAGAAGAAUACAGAUGACCCAAACAGGGUGGGUGUGGGGGGGGAACCAUCGGCAACACUUCCUUUUGCACAUAGCAGAAUGUCUCGCAUCGAAGUCAAUUAUUUCAUUUGCAGUGCUACUUCACAACUUUGUCAAGAUUAUGAAGAUGAAAACAGUCGACGAAAAGGCUUUCCUGUACUUCAAGAGCAUAUGCCAGCGCAUCAUGAAGAAAAGAGCAGAAAACAAGCAGAGACAAGAUGACUUUCUGCAACUGAUGAUUGAAGCUCGUGAAGGUCGUCUGGCACCUUGCGGCGAAAGCGGGGACGAUCCAGGGACCAGCUUCUGUGAUGACGGCAUGGAACCGAAGUCGAAUGGCGCGCCUAACUCUAAAGUUUUGACCGAGGACGAAGCCUUGGCCCAGUGUGUGCUGUUCUUCGUGGGCGGCCAGGAGACCACCGCGUCGACCGUGGCGUUCGCCGCACACCUGCUCGCCACACAUCCCGAAGCGCAGGACAGACUCAGGCGAGAAGUGGACGAUUGCAUUUCGACGCACGGAGAGGAGCCCAGCAUGGACGUGGUGUCGAAGCUCAAGUACCUGCAAUGCGUCGUCUCCGAAACGCUACGACUAUACCCUUCAGCCCCAAGGCUUGAGCGGUCGGCGCUCGAAGACUACGUGCUUGGUGAAACGGGAAUCAAGCUUCCCAAGGGCUGCACAGUCAUCGUGCCUGUCUACGCUCUCCAUCGGGACCCGGAGUACUUCCCGGAACCAGAUGCUUUCAAGCCCGAGAGGUUCAGUGAUGAAAACAUAGGCUCCAUCAGGCCUUACACUUAUCUUCCAUUUGGGGCUGGACCCAGAAACUGUAUCGGAAUGCGGCUAGGACUUCAUGCUGUCAAGGUCGCGUUGCUGCACUCUAUUCACAAGGUUCAGUUUGUUCGGACGGAGAAAACUCAGGUUCCACUAAACAUGAAAAUUGGAUUCGGUGCUGUGACUGCCGAAGACAUGACCCUACCGAGGGACACGUUCCGUAUCAUCGUGAGACCCCGAGACGGUCUCAACGUGGCCAAAUCCACACCAGUGCAGGUUGAGCAAGCCCUUGCAAUGGCGGCAGCCCUGGCUCCUGAAGACCUCACGGAAGACUCCAUCUGCCCCAACCCAUGGAAGAAGGUCCUCCGUGCCGACAGCCGAGCGCCGCAGCGCCCUCCGCAGCAGCCGCACCCGCUCCAGGGGACGACCCAGCAGCCGCCCCUGCUCCAGUGGGCGCCCUACAUCCGGCCACACCGAACUGACGUGGGCCGACCGAGUACGAGGGAAACAACACCAGCAGCAGCAACGGGACGCCUCAUCUACCAGACAGGUAACAUGGUCUUCAUUGCCCGAGCAUGA